AGAAUUGAAGGGUUUGCAGAGUAUACGCCCAAUAUCAGUAUUAGUAGGUCUAAUGUGUUGCGAAAUGAUCUCGACAGCUGAAUGUUUUGUUCCGUUUCGCUCAUAUCGCUUUCUCACAGAGGGACAGUAGUUCAACUAUUCUCUGAAAAUGUUUGCCUCCGCGUUUAUUCUCUCAUUACUGAUAUCACUGCAGCUUUCUUCUUCUUUGGCUGUAGUGGAGUGAAUCAGCUGGCGCAAACACUGGUGUUGGUAACGGGAAGCUGCAGCAGUCCUGUCUUCUCUGUCUGUUGGGUUCUAAACGUCAGCGCCUCCGCAAAGAGACCAGAUACCAAGAUAUGGCUGGACAGCAAUGAACUUACACCCAUAGGAAGUAAAGGCAAAAUGGUGUCGUUGAUGGUAACGACACUGGAUGUACACACAUUACGCGCGGAGUAUAAAGGAAUCUCCCAUGUGUGGAACUUUUCAGUUGUUUCCAAUUCCAUCAGUGUGAGCAGCAGUGCGCACAGAACUGCGUAUCUCCCCCCCAGCGGAAGUGGGGAAGCUCUCAAGGCAUUCCAGCCAAAUGAAGUGUUUCCCUGUGAAAACGACACUCAUUAUCUCUACCAAAAGGAGGACUUUAUCAUUGCACUUGGCCACACCCACCGCUUUCCACUGAGGGCGGAGUCUCGGGGUGCCUCCACGCUAUUGGUCUCCUGGCGAGGGAGCCACCAUGUCCCCCCCGACCCCCUGCACAGAGUGGCGCUGUACCGGGCGGACCUGGACGGCCUGGCGGUCCUGUGCAAUGAGACCACGCGCAGGUGGCACUACCGAUUUGCUGGCCUGGACGGCUGCCGGAGCUACGUGGCGUGUGUGGAGAUGGCGCUCGGACCCGCGGUCCUGUGCCUCACCGCGCUGACCGAUCCUGACAUGCCCAGGAACUUCAGGGUGACCGCUUGGGACAGCAACAGCGUGACCGUGGGAUGGGACUGCCCCCCGAGCGACCCCGCCUCGGGCCUCACCGCCUUCCUGCUCACGGUCUUCCACGUGGACGGCUCUGGCCACGUCCUGGAGGAGAGGAGCUUCAGACACACGCUGGGCAGCCCGGUGUUCACCGUGGGCAGCUUGCCUCCCUGUAGCAGGGUGCAGCUGGGGCUUCAGGUGGUGUGCCAGUCUACGGGCCAGUCUGUGGGCCAGUCUACGGGCCAGUCCCGCCUCAGCAGGAUGGUCCUCAGCGAUGGAAACUCUGCAAACUCUGAAAUCAUAAACCUACACCAGUCCUCCUUUGGCUCCCGCAACUAUACGGUGAGCUGGUCCAUGCAGAACAUCUCCUCCAUCUCCAGCUUUAAGGUGUACCACCAGGGGGAGCUCCAGAGCUCCACGCUCCUCACCUGGCACACAGUGACAGGCCUGCUUCCCUGCCACCAGUUCAGCAGCAGGGUGGAAGCCCUGUGUGGGGACAGCACGGUCAUGAGCGUUAGCACCAUCCAGACAAAAACAGGACUGCAGGUUCACCUCCCCAGCCAUGAAAUGUUCCUUGUUGUGCCAUGGACAAUGCCGCCAUCGCUGGAGGAUCCGAGGGCAGAAGCUCGAGUCCUGCUGGAGGGCAUUAUUAAAAGCAAGCUGCAGAACUUACUGAGUAAGUUCUGGCCAAAAGCGGAGGUGCAGCUGAUCUCGUUUGAAGACAGCGAGAGGAAAACAAAAACCAAGAUCACUUUUGAAAGCUUUGAUGUUUCCAGCCAGGAUGGGGUAGUGAUCCUCCGCCCUGAGGAGCAGCUGCAGCAUAUUAUCUCUCUCGGCCACGCCCACAUCACCGUCACAGACGACAGCAUCUACUGGGACGACCCAGAUGAGUGUGACUCCCCCGCCCUGAACAAGUGCGGCUCCAACUCCGUCUGCAUCAACACCCUGGACUCAUUCACCUGCGUGUGUGAGCCGGGGUACUACAGCCUGAGCCCCAUCCUCAGCCCCGCCUGCCACGAGAAGGGGAUGUUCACGCUAUGCCUGAAGGACCAUGUAUCUGGGGGCAUCUCCAAGCCUUUCCUCAUCCACUACUUUGGCGGGAAUGUGACUGUUGUCCUCAAUGAUGGUCGCUGCUCCAUCAACGAGACGGACAAGUUUUAUUAUUACAGGAUAACUGGCGCCCCCUCCCAGUGUGGAGGCCAAACGCUUAUUAACAGGACGCAUGUGGAGUUGAGGAACGCGCUGACUGUGACGCUCAGCAGCGGGAGAUCCAUCACACGGAGGGACCUGAAGGUGCUGUGGACCUGUGCCUACCCGCUGCUCCAGACCAGCACAGCCCGCAUGAAGCCUGGUCUGGACUGGGUUACCUCUCACAGUGCGGUGCAGGUGAAUUCGUCCCGCCUCCUGGAGAUCAGCAUGGCCUUGUACAGUGACUCAUCUUACGCAUACAACUACACUGGCCCUGUGGAGCUCCCUUCUGCAGAGCAGCUGUACAUCCAGGUGACCCUGCACUGUGAGAACAGCCUGGCCUACAACAUGAGCCUACAGCUGGAGUCCUGCUGGGCCACACAGACCGCAGACCCACAAGAGGAGAAGAAGGCUUUUUUCCUGAAGGGGGGCUGCCCAAACGACAGAACCUUCCGCUGGUACCUCCGGAGCAGUUCCCCUCAAAGGAAGAGGUUCUCCAUUCAGAUGUUCACCAUGUCUGACCACUCCCACAUCUACCUUCACUGCCUGAGCAGAAUAUGCAGCCAAGAUGAGAACUGCACAACAAACUGCUCUCCCAGGCAAAACCAGAAGGUGAGAAGAGAUCUACCGGACAAACUCACAGCUAUUCUUUCAGCAGGACCCAUCUCUGCAGCAAAGAGGAAACUGACAAACUGGCCUGGAGCCCAGAUCAUGCUAUCAGUGGCCGGAGGAUUGAUUGGCCUCUUUUUUCUGACAGCACUGGGUGUGCGUGCAGCACAAGCUAUAACACAGCGCAACCCCAGACAUCAAUAAAAUGUGUAUACCUGCA